UAUCAUUCACUGAAGAUGAAACUGAUCCUUAUGUGCGCCGUCCUUGUCACUGCAUUCGCAAGCGCCAAAGCUCAAUUGCUUCCUGGGCCUUUGGGAAAAUUGAGAAAUCGUCGGUCUUUAUGUGGAGGAGAGCUAUACGACUCCAGUAGCCAAGUUUGCUGUGAUGGGAACAUCAAUUGCAGAGAAGAUGGGACUGCCUGCUGCGGAAAUCGUAAUUACAAUUUUAGCACCAGUGUUUGCUGCGCUGGAAGCAUUAAUGACAGAAAGCAUGGGCUUUAUUGCUGUGGAAAUCGCAACUAUAACUCAAUCACACAUGUUUGUUGUAACGGUAUCCUGCAUCCUAACAAGACUGAAAUGCGUUGCUGUGGAACUCGCGUGUAUGAUUACCAAGAUGAAGUUUGUUGUGAUGGAAACAUUUAUGGUCUGACAGCAAACGAAACAGCCGGCGCCUCUUGUUGCGGGCGUUCAACAUACAACGAUAAAACCCAUAUGUGCUGUGAUGGAAAUAUUUUAAUCCGUUCUGUUGACUCUCGUUGUUGUGGAUCAUCCACCUUUAACCAUGUCACCCAUAUGUGCUGUGAUGGAAAAAUAGCAACUCGCCCUAGCGGAUCGCCGUAUCACCAUCAAUGCUGUGGAACUCGUGCAUACAAUUUCUUCCUGAGUUCUUGUUGCGGAAAAAGUGUAAAUGACAGAAAUGGUCCGAUUUUAUGCUGUGGAAAAAAGAAUUACCAUUUCAGCAAGCACGUCUGCUGCGCUGGUAAUAUACUUGAUAUAAAUAAUGGCUUGUCUUGUUGUGGAAAGAUAAACUUCGACAUUCAUACCCAUGAGUGUAAGAAUGGUGUCGUGACCCCCCGAGAUUUUUGGAGUGGUUAAGCUAAUUUCUACGACUUUCGUUUUAGUUGGCCAUUGCCAUUUUCAUAAAACUGACAAAAGCAUCGAUCUCUUCGAUCAUGAAACACUUUUUCAAUAAAAACGUUUGCUUCAAGUUUACAAAGAAAUGUUAUAUUUUAGUAGUGAAAUUACAAAAGCUUUGAAAAUUA